AUGCGCUCACUCUUCUUCCCUCCAAACCCAAUCAAAACCACCCGAACCCUCUUCUUCUUCCGAUCAAUGGCCAUACCUCCUCCCAAGUCCGCCAUCCCCUCCGCCGCCGUCGACAACGGGGCCGGCCUCGCCCGCCGCUUCUGGAUCAAGUUCAGCCGCGAAUCGGUUUUCGCUUUGUUCCAUCCUUUCUCGCUCUGCUUGGCCUCCGGCGACCUCAAGGUCGAGUCUUUCCGAAGCUACAUCGCCCAAGAUGCUCACUUUCUCAAGGCCUUUGCUCACGCGUAUGAAUUGGCGGAAGAGUGUGCAGAUGACGAUGAUGCAAAGCUUGCUAUUUCUGAUUUAAGGAGUGCUGUUCUUCAGGAACUGAAAAUGCAUAAUUCAUUCGUGCAGGAAUGGGGUUUAGAUGUCAAGGAAAUCUCUAUCAGCUCUGCAGCAGUGAAGUACACAGAAUUCCUAUUGGCAACAGCCUCUGGUAAAGUUGAAGGAGUAAAAGGCCCUGGUAAACUUGCAACUCCAUUUGAAAGAACCAAGGUUGCUGCUUAUACCCUUGGUGCCAUGACUCCUUGCAUGAGAUUGUAUGCCUUUAUAGGUAAGGAGUUUAAGGCACUUUUAGAUCCCAAAGACGACUCUCAUCCAUACAAGAAGUGGAUCGACAAUUAUUCUUGCGAAAGUUUUCAGGCAUCAGCUGCACAAACCGAAGAGUUGCUGGAUAAGCUAAGUGUCUCUCUGACUGGUGAGGAGCUUGACAUCAUUGAAAAGCUUUAUCACCAAGCCAUGAAACUUGAGAUAGAGUUCUUUUCAGCCCAGUCACUUGUUCAACCAACUGUAGUUCCUCUUAUCAAAGACCAUAACUCCGCAGAAGAUCGCCUCAUGAUAUUUUCAGAUUUUGAUUUGACUUGUACUGUUGUUGAUUCCUCUGCCAUUUUGGCUGAAAUCGCAAUAGUAACUGCCCCAAAAUCAGAUCAAAAUCAAUCUGAUGGUCAAAUUGCGCGGAUGUCAUCUGCUGAUCUCAGGAAUACAUGGGGCCUUCUUUCUAAGCAGUACACAGAAGAGUACGAGCAAUGCAUAGGAAGCAUUAUUCCUACUGAAAGAGCCGAGUUUGUCUAUAACAAUCUGCACAAAGCGCUCGAGCAACUUUCAGAGUUCGAGAAAAAGGCAAACGAUAGAGUGAUAGAGUCGGGGGUUCUAAAGGGUCUUAAUAUUGAGGAUAUAAAGAGAGCUGGUGAACGUCUCAUUCUUCAAGAUGGUUGUAUUGAUUUCUUCAAGAGAAUUAUCAAAAGUGAUAACUUGAACGCAAAUGUUCAUGUUCUUUCGUAUUGUUGGUGUGGUGAUCUUAUUAGGUCAGCUUUUUCAUCAGGGGGUUUACAUGAGCCAAAUGUCCAUGCAAAUGAGUUCACAUUUGAAGAAUCUAUUUCCACUGGUAAAAUUGUUAAGAAGGUGGAGUCUCCUAUUGACAAGGUUCACGCUUUCAGAGAUAUUUUAGAAAGUUGUCCAAGCGACAGGAAGAACUUGACUAUUUACAUAGGAGACUCGGUGGGUGACUUACUAUGCCUCCUUGAGGCAGAUAUAGGAAUUGUCAUAGGGUCAAGCUCAAGCCUGAGGAGAGUGGGGACUCAAUUCGGUGUUUCUUUUGUUCCAUUGUUUCCUGGUUUAGUUAAGAAACAAAAAGAGUGUGUUGAAGGAAGAUCUUCUAAUUGGAAAGGUUUAACUGGCAUUCUUUAUACAGCAUCUAGUUGGGCUGAAAUACAUGCCUUCAUUUUGGGAUAUUAAGCUCUUGUUCUUAAUGUAAGCAAGCUUGUGCUUGAACAAAGAAUCAUUCAUAUACAGUGGAACAAAAAGAUAACGUUUGGUGUCGUAUAAAAGAAAAACAAAAGACGAAGUUGGUGGCUAAUUUUAUAAGGGCCACGGAUUUGCUGCUGUCUUGCUCCUUUUCUUCUUCCUUUCUUCUUUUCGGAACAGGGUUUUCCAAUCGGAAAUGUGAUGGCCUAAUAGGAUUCUGUAAACAGGUGUCGAAAGCUAGAGGCAGCAACGAUUCAAGACAGAGAUUGUUAUAUCCAUUUGUCCAUAUAAACAUUCUGUAUCUGUGUAUUAUGAUAGUUGAUUGCUAUUCAAUUAUUUGAGAUGAAUGGCAGUUUCAGAUACUGUAUUUUUGCUGAUACCAAUACCCCUUAAUCCCUCAUAAUAAAAUAUAAAUGCCAGAUUCAAAGUUCAUGAUCUGUCUGGAUUGCAGCUUUAGCCACC